UAAGCUGGUUUAGUUCCAAUCGGUCGCUCGGCGCUGCAUCCAAAGUCCGGAUCCACGACACUUUCGCUGCCGACGUUUUUUGCACGAGUUUUUUCCAUACGUAUUUGUUCAUUGACAAAAACUCAAGCUGCGCUCUGUGCGUGCGUGUGUGUGCCCGUGUGUGUGUGCGUGUGUGUGAGCGCGCCCAUUUGUGUGAGUGCGGUGCUUUGUGUGCAGAAUAAUUUUUGCAAACAUUAUGUAAAUGCGCAAAUUAAAGUUCAAUCGACGCCAGUUUUGAGUACGAAACCAGAUCGCCUUGCUUUAAGUGCCACGGAGCAACAGUUUUAUUUUGAAUAAAUAUCUAAAAUAACUCCUAAAGCUCCCACACACACAAAGCAACACACAGUUAGGAUCUUGGCAGAUCCGGCGGAUAUACAUUUACCGUUACGAAAAUCUAAAAAUGGCCACGACAGCGGCCGCAAUGGCCGCCACCAGUGUUGUUGUUCUCGAUCGCGGUAACAACACCACUUGCACCAUCAACUUGCACGGUGCCACAGUUGUGUCCUGGCGGGUAAACAAUCAGGAGCAGUUGUUUGUCAGCAAACUGGCCUCCUUUGAUGGCAAGAAGGCGAUACGUGGCGGGAUUCCCUUUGUCUUUCCCCAGUUCGGAGCUUGGUCCUUCGGGCCGCAGCAUGGAUUUGCGAGGAUUACGCGGUGGCAUCUGGAGAGACCGCCGGACAGGCUGCACAACGGCGAUGUGGAGGCCAUAUUCUCGCUCAUGGACAACGACUUCACACGCUCCAUCUGGAACUAUCAGUUCCGCAUCACCUACCGGCUGAUCCUGCGCGAAAAGGAGCUCCACUUCCACAUCGGCGUCUAUAACCCCAGCAAGGAAUUGAGCUUCACCUUCAACAUGCUGCUGCACACCUACCUAAAGGUGCCCGAUGUCCGGCGGUGUCAGAUCACGGGUCUCCAGGGCUGCCACUUCAUCGACAAGACGCGGGAGAACGCGAUCUACCAGGAGGGACGCGAGGUGGUGACCGUAAACGAGUGGACCGACAGGAUCUAUCAGCACACGCCGCAGGAGCACGUCAUCACGAACGUGGUGUCCGGACGCAAGAUGAGACUGCACAAAUACAAUUUCCCCGACACGGUGAUCUGGAACCCUUGGAUCGAUCGAUCGCGUGAGAUGAGUGACUUCGGGGACGACGAGUUCCCCAACAUGUUGUGCGUGGAGGCGGGCAAUGUGACCUCGCCGGUGAUCCUGCUGCCGGGCACCGCCUUCGAGGCCAGCCAGAUCCUUCAGCAAUUCAAGUGUCCCUAUACUAUAAACUCAUCCAACUGGAAAAGCAAUCUAACCGACCUCAUAAAAUACGACUAGAGUCACUCUAUCCACCUCCAUAUUCCAAUUCCAAUUCUUUACUUUGCAUGCAAUCAGAUCAUCAUCGAGGGCAAUGUUAGUCGCAAGACGAAGAGGAAUCGCUAGCGUUUAAAGAAUCGGAACCCAAUGAGGUAAACCGAUUCGCAACCAUGUCAAAGCGCACUUUUUCACAGAGAUCCUGGGCCGAUGGAUGGCUCCACCAGAUGAGGAUCAGCUUCGGAAGAAGGAGACGGAGGAAGAGGAGGAGGAGAAUCAGGAUGAGGAGGAGGAAUAAAAUAUUUGGUUGUUUCCGCACGGUCUCUAGACUCUAAUCUAUUUCUUAAGUAAUCGUAAAUCCCUCUCUAGCAAUAUGUGUUGUGCAAGCAAUUAUAAAGGAAUAACUUCGUUGACCAUCCUUAGUUUGUGCCUAAUUGGAACUGACUUUAAUGACAUUCCUAGCCAGGGAAAAGACCCUAAAUUAAAAUGUGCAUUGGUAGUUAUUUAAUCAGGUUUUAUGAAGCAGAAAGUGAAGCUACAGGAAUAAAAGGCUUUUGAUCGAAUAGCAGUGGCACUUAAUCUUUGUUACUCUAAAAGUUAUUUCCAUUCAUUGUGAUGACCUCACUUUCUAGUUUUAAAUCUUAUUCAACAAAUAUUGAUGAACUUAACUAAUGAGUAAUGGGCACUACUAACUCUGGUCAGCACCCACUUCAUAAACGUGUAUACGAUUGCAUCUAGAUAACUUACAUAAUGUUUUAAACCUAAUAUGUGUAAAAUACUAAAAGCAAUUAUCUGUACCAAUUAAUAUAAUAAUCUAUGCAAUUAAAUGUAAUUGUAACUAUGAAA